UAGAGAUUGGUGAAAGUGUGAGAGGAGAAGAUGUGUAUAUCAUCCAAAGUGGCUGUGGAGAAAUAAAUGACAACUUAAUGGAAUUGCUCAUCAUGAUCAAUGCUUGCAAGAUUGCAUCAUCCUCCAGAGUGACUGCUGUAAUUCCUUGUUUUCCGUAUGCCAGGCAAGAUAAGAAAGACAAGAAGGGGUCCGUGGAGCGUUGGAGUCGUGCUCCAAUCUCUGCAAAACUUGUUGCCAACAUGCUGUCAGUUGCAGGGGCUGACCACAUCAUCACCAUGGACUUGCAUGCUUCUCAGAUCCAGGGUUUCUUUGACAUUCCAGUCGAUAACCUGUAUGCAGAACCUGCAGUGCUGCAGUGGAUUAAGGAGAACAUUUUGGAGUGGAGAAACUGUAUCAUAGUCUCACCUGAUGCAGGUGGUGCAAAAAGGGUUACUUCAAUUGCUGACAGACUGAAUGUGGAAUUUGCUCUCAUUCAUAAGGAAAGAAAGAAGGCAAAUGAAGUGGACAGAAUGGUCUUGGUUGGUGACGUGAAAGACAGAGUAGCAAUUCUUGUCGAUGAUAUGGCUGACACAUGUGGCACAAUAUGUCACGCAGCAGAAAAGCUAGUAUCUGCUGGAGCUACCAAAGUUUAUGCCAUUCUUACUCAUGGCAUCUUUUCUGGUCCUGCAAUUUCUCGGAUUAAUAAUGCAUCAUUUGAGGCUGUUGUGGUAACUAAUACAAUCCCCCAAGAAGAGAAAAUGAAACACUGCCCAAAAAUUCAGUUUAUUGACAUUUCCAUGAUCCUGGCUGAGGCAAUUCGAAGAACACACAAUGGUGAAUCUGUGUCUUACCUGUUCAGUCAUGUCCCCUUGUAACUCCAGGAGGUUUCAUGUCAUCUUUGCAAAGGUCCCUUCAGCUAGCACUGUUGUUUUUAGCAAUGCAUUUCAAUCACAAGAAAGAAGUAUCUUUGUACAAUUCCAGUAUGUUUAAUUAUAUAUUUGUCUUGUAACUACCACUUGUUCUUUGUGAAUGGUCAGUAAAUCUGUCUUGCAGAAA